UCCCUCCCUGCUUUAGUCAUCAUUGACCAAACCGAUUCACACCUUAUCUCUUUGGCAGGCCAACAGAAUGUUGUCCACAGUGGGGAAGACGAGGGUACUGCUUACCAUCCUGUGUUUGACGGCCACCAGUUUGUUCUAUAAAUCCAAAUGGAGUCUGCAACCCUUGUUUUCGCUCUGGCUGCAGGAGUUGCAUGUUUGCAACUGCCAGCAAUGCUUGACUGAGGGUGAGCACGAGUUUAAAACUGUGAUAGACGAAUCGCCAAAGCCGUUUUUGUCCACACAAAACCCAACAUCGGAGGACGACUUCAACUGGUGGAAGAAAUUGCAGCGGGAACAGCGCCCCCUCAGUUUCUUCAAUGAAACCGUGAACAAACUAUUCACAAUCUUUCCACCCAUCCCAGAAGUUGAGGCUCAAUCACCUGACCGUUGCAGGACUUGCGCGGUCGUGGGCAAUUCGGGUAAUCUCAGGCGAUCGCACUAUGGACCUCUGAUUGAUGCCCAUAACAUCGUAAUAAGAAUGAACUACGGGCCUACCAAGGGAUUUGAGUCAGAUGUUGGCACCAAGACAACUCAUCACGUCAUGUAUCCCGAGAGCGCCACCUAUUUGGACAACAACACUCAUCUCGUGUUCUUUCCAUUCAAGAUAAAUGACCUGCUAUGGCUCCUCAGGAACUUCACCCCUCAAGAUAACGUUCAAAAACCAAAGAUGCGAGGCAACAAGGACUUGGUGAUGAUCCUCAACCCCGCUUUCAUGAAAUAUACACAUGAAAUGUGGCUGGGGAAAAAAGGACGUUACCCAUCCACUGGCUUCAUGACUGUGUUGCUAAGCUUCCAGAUAUGUGACGAGGUCAGUAUUUUUGGGUUUGGAGCCGACACAGAUGGAAAUUGGAGCCAUUAUUUUGAAAUGCUGAGGAACAAAAAACUGAAAACUGGUCCUCACGCUGGCAUGCAGGAAUAUGAAGUCAUUCAGAAGUUGCAUCAGAAGCAGAUAAUACGUUUUUUUAAAGGACCGUAACGAGUGCUGGACUUUUUUCCAUUUAUUUUUUAUUUGCGUCUGGUUUGGGACACCAUUUUUUCUACCAAUUUCGUUGUAAAUAGACAAACACUAUUUGUCACCAUUUUGCUAAACGUAUUUAAUUACAAGUAAACAUAUAUACGAGCCAUUCUUUUGUUGUUAUUUUUGUUUGCUUUUAAAUAUCCAAAUGAAUUUUGGGGAGAGGAAAGAAACUAAUAUACUGCAAGUGGACACCCCAACCUAAACCAUGACUCAAAACAAUGUUUGUGAGGAUAAGCGGCUCAGAAAAUGGAUCGAUGUUAAAAUGCAGAAUCAAAUAUUACACAGUUAAUACAAGAAACUUUCUGAAAGACGUUUUUCUGAAAUGUCUGCCUACACAAAUGUUUAUUAACUGCUUUUACAACCUCCACAGAAGAGGCAGCUCUUACCUCUAAUGGAAAUUUUGUUUCAGCUACUUACACUGUGAAAACACAAGUGGACAUGCCAAUAAAAUAUAGUUUAAAACAAGG